AUGAGCUUCAUUGUUUUAAUAAGAGUCUCCAUCCGGCCGCGUCCAAGCUCGUCUUCACGCUCGUCUUCACGGCUCCCGCCGGGAAACCACGCCACGCGGCGCCCGCGGCGGACAGAUGGACAGACGGACAGACGGACAGACGGACAGAUGGAGUCGGACGCUCUGCAGGGACUGGAUGACACAAGGGUUGACCACACUCAAGCCAAAGAUAUAUUUCAGCAGCUGAUGGAGCAGCUGAUGGAGCGUCCGCUGGAGCGUCCGAUGGAGCGUCCGCUGGAGCGUCCGAUGGAGCGUCAGUCUGGAGCGUCCGAUGGAGCGUCCGAUGGAGCGUCCGCUGGAGCGUCAGUCUGGAGCGUCCGCUGGACAACAGUCUGGAGCGUCCGCUGGAGCGUCAGUCUGGAGCGUCUGAUGGAGCGUCCGCUGGAGCGUCCGAUGGAGCGUCCGCUGGAGCGUCUGAUGGAGCGUCCGAUGGAGCCUCAGAUGGAGCGUCCGAUGGAGCCUCAGAUGGAGCGUCAGAUGGAGCGUCCGAUGGAGCCUCAGAUGGAGCGUCAGAUGGAGCGUCCGAUGGAGCCUCAGAUGGAGCGUCCGAUGGAGCCUCAGAUGGAGCGUCCGCUGGAGCGUCCGAUGGAGUGUCCGAUGGAGCGUCCGAUGGAGCGUCAGUCUGGAACGUCGGGGAAAAGCGCGCUGGUUGCGCUGGUUGAGAGAAAGUUAGCGGAGGAAAACUCAGGCCUAGCAUGA